AUGGAUAUGUUCCAGGCUGGUAAGGGUGGCCAGAGCCCGUACUCGCUGCUCGCCGUCGCGCUCAUCUCGGGGAGCAAACAGUGGCCGCCCGGCGACGGCGAGCCCGCGCAGCAGCCGCUCGCCGCCGUGCAGAGGAGCGGCGGCCCCGCGGCCCCCGGCGCGGCUGCCCCGGACGUGCCGCAGGUGCAGGGGCUGCGGCCAGUGCCCGACGCGCCGCUCCCGGCCGCUCCGUUCCUCGAGGCCGUCCGCGGGCUGGAGUACUGCUUCGCGGCCGAGGCAGCCGCGGCCAGCGGCACUCCCCUGGUGCUGGGCGGCGCCGAGCCGUCCCUGGCGGAGCUGCGGGCGUGGGCCGCGAGCUCCGGGGGCGUGCGGCAGUUCCUGCCCACCGCGCCCGAGGACGCCGACCAGGAGGCUCUCGAGAGGCUGUGGCUCACCGAGGGCCGCGGCGUGCGGUCCAGCAUGCUUGCCGACGCGGUGGUGGCGGUGCUGGACCAGGCGGUGCUGGACCAGGCGGCACCGUCGGUGGCGGUGUUCGUGGCGGCAUCCGAGAUGGGCGACGCCGCGCGCUGGCUGACGCGGGACGGCGAGCUGCUCGCGGUGCUGCCGCCCUCCGCGCUGCGCCGGCCCGCCGUGUCUGGCAGGCCCCUGCUGGUGCUGCAGCGCCCGGCCACAGGACAGACCGUGCUGAUGUUUGGGGUGCUGCCCUUCUCGUCCCAGGCGCUGCUCGGCACAGGUUCGCUGGCCGACUCGCUGCCGCAGAUGGCCGAGCUGCUCUCCCAAGUCAGGCCGGCCGCCUUCGUUGUGGACGCCCCGCGUGGGACAAUGGAGGAGUUGCUGGACGAGUUGCGAGGGCGCGGUGGCGCAGCGGCCUCCCUAGAGGGCGCGCGGAAUCCGUCGGACCUGAGCACACAGGGGCUUCCGGCCGCAGCAAGUGCGACGGCGAGGUGA